AGACGGAGGCUGCAGCCAGAGACAAGGGCGGGGCUGGUUGCUAGGAUGUCGAUUUCCCUGCCAAUCAUCUGCUCGGCUCCCGAUGGGCGGGGCGCGGUUCGCAGCGUCUGUGGAAACGCAAGCUGCAGCGGAGGAGCUGUGGUGAGACCGUGAGAAACCUGACAACGGGUUGGCGGCGGCGGUGCUGCGUCGGGGGUCCUUAAUCUCUGUCCUUGAGGCUGGAGAAGGGAGAAAACAUGACUGCUGGCUCAGUGUGUGCCCCUCAGAUCAUACCACUGCGAGUGCCUCAACCUGGAAAAGCUAACCAUGAAAUUGAUACCAAUACUCUUUUGGAAAUGAAAUCCGACACCCCAGAUGUCAACAUAUAUUACACCCUGGAUGGCAGCAAACCUGACUUCCUAAAGAAAGUUGGUUCUGGUGAAAAUAAUACAUUUAAAUAUGUAAAACCUAUUACUCUGCCUGAUGGAAAAAUUCAAGUUAAAGCUGUUGCUGUCUCUAAAGACUGCAGACAGAGUGGAAUUGUGACAAAGGUGUUUCAGGUGGACUAUGAACCACCGAAGAUGGUCUCUUCUGAAGACAAUGUUGAAGAUGCUCUCAAGGGGUUCUCAAAGCAGGAAUUAAAAAAUGGGUUUGUCGGACCAAAACUAAGGAAGAAGUAUAAGAAUGCUGAAAAUAAAUCAACUUGGAACGUUAACCUUAGACGGCUUGCAGACCUCAAGGUAGGCGAAAGAGCAGACCCUAAAACUCUGAAAGAUCUUCGCUUCGCAGAGAGUCCACUGGAAAUCCCAGCCUACCAUGAGGGAGCGAGUGCUCGACUGCCUACUCACCAGGCCCAGUCCCCUGGCUUUGCACACAUAACUGGCCAGAAGAGUCUGACGAGCACCGAGAUCAUGAGGAUCCAGAGGGAGACAGACUUCCUCAAGUGUGCCCACUGUCUGGCUUCCCGUCCAUCUGAUCCAUUUGCUCGCUUCUGUCACGAAUGUGGAGCUCCUGUCCCACCCAUAUUUGGCUAUCGUCUUCCACCCCCAGAAGGGGCUCAGAUGGGCCUGUGUGCAGAAUGUGGCAGUAUGGUUCCCAUGAACACCCCCAUCUGUGUGGUGUGCGAAGCUCCUCUUGCUCCACAGCUUCGGCCACAGGCCAGCCUCUACUUAAAGGAGAGGGUAAUCUGUCGCACCUGUGGCACUGGGAAUCCUGCUCAUCUGAGAUACUGUGUCACCUGUGAGGGACCCCUGCCUCCAACACAAGAGCAGUGGCUGUGCAAUGGAGAUGAAGUCCCUCAUCCGCCCGCUCGAAAUGGGGAGACCAUUUCCUGCUCCAGGUGUGGCUGCCAGAACCUCUGGGAGGCAUCCUUCUGUGACUGGUGUGGAGCCAUGCUUGGCAUUUCUGCUAGCCACUCUGUCUGCCCAAAAUGUGGGGCCAGCAAUCAUCUGACUGCCCGCUUCUGUGGCUCCUGUGGUAUUUAUGUGAAGUCCAUAACAAGGUUUAGAAUGCAUAACAGCUUGGCCAUAGUUGCUGGAGCGCCUCGCCCAUUUCCUGAGCCCCGAUCUGCCUGGCAGUCCCUAAACGUCCCUUUGCCCACAUCUGCCAGUGGGUCUAAGAAGGACACGGGCACUCAGACCUCUGGCCUGUUCUACCCAUCUGGCAAGCUCCUGGCAAAGAAGGAACUGGAGGCGGCUUCUCACAGGCAGAGGCAGGAGAAGAUGAGUGACCACAGGCCAGUCCUCACAGCCGUCAGCCCGGGAAGAGGCUACUGGAGAAAGCAGUUGGAUCACAUCUCUGCUCACCUCAGGUCCUAUGCUCAGAACAACCCUGAAUUCCGGGCCUUGAUUGCAGAGCCCAGGAUGGGGAAGCUUAUCUCUGCCACUGUCCAUGAAGAUGGCUAUGAAGUUAGCAUCAGACUGAACUAUAUUCAAGUCUCAAACAAGAGCCUGUACUUCAACAAGUCGGUGAAUCUCAGUGACCACUUUCUGAGCAGUGUCACCGAAGGUGGGAACGGGCUAUAUGACAGCAGGUCCAGCUUGGUGAGUGCCUAUAGCCAGAGCGUCUCAGACACCCCCGAAAGUAUCAAGAAGAUGAAGAAUCUCAAGGCCAAAAGCUUCCUUGUGAACCCAGAGCCGCUCACACCUGAAAACAAACUCCUGCUGGAGGAAGUUGGCUCCUCAGGGAAAGGAAGACUGUCUGUGCUGGAACAGCUGCUGGAUGAAGUGAGUGCCAUGAGAAUGGGCCUCUCUGCAGAGAUCAGCCUGGGAGCAGACCCUAACUGCUGUGAUAGUCAAGGUCGACCUGCUGUUAUUGUGGCUGUUGUGAAUAAACACUAUGAAGCCAUUCCAGUCCUCGCUCAGAGAGGAGCAGACAUCGACCAGCAGUGGGGACCGUUCAGAAACACAGCUCUUCACGAAGCAACUCUACUUGGCCUGGAAGGAAGGGAGAGCAUCGCCACUUUACUGGGAUGCAAUGCAAACGCCCAAAAGAAGAACACAAGAGGCCAGACAGCAUAUGACAUCGCUCUGGAGAUGGGAGAUGACCUCACCUCUUCUCUCUUUGCCGCUAAGUUCACCCAAGGUCUGGAGGACCAACUUUCUCCACCUGGGAACCGCAUCCUAGGUGACAGUUAGAUCUGAGGGGUCAGGAGGCUGCAGAGACUGCCCAGCUACAGCUGGGCUUAGUUUGGAAUGCGUAUUUAAGUGUAAGAAUUACGGUUGAAAAGAACUCAUAAGACUGUGUGUGUGUGUGUGUGUGUGUGUGUGUGUGUGUGUGUGUGUGUGUAUGAGAGAGAGAGAGAGAGAGAGAAGGGAGAGUAUGUAAGGGAGGGAGAAGAGAGAGAGGAGUGUGUGUGUGUGUGUGUGUGUGUGUGUGUGUGUGUGUUUGUGUGUGAGAGAGAGAGAUUGAGCCUUGCAGAUGCUAAGGCAAGCAUUGUACCACUGGGCUAUAUCCCCAGCUUUCUUCAUUUUGAAAUAAGAUCUCAUAAAGUUGCUCAAGCUGGCCUUGAACUCCCCCUAUAGCAUAGACAGGCCUUGAACAACGUGGGAUCUUCCUGCCGCAGCCUCCGAAGUAGCUGAGAUUACAGGUUGUGACAAACAAACACAGCUUUUUUUUUUUUAAGGUGGUAUAACUACCCAAUACCACCUAUACCUUAGAGUAUGAUAAAAUGAAAGUUUUGUGUUUUAUUUUCUGUUUUGUUGUUUUGUUUUCCCUUUUUUUUUCUGAGACUAUAUAGACAUGGCUGGCCUAGAAAUUUGCUAUGUAGACCAGGCUGGCCUUAAACACACAGGCUGUCUCUGCCUCCCAAAUGCUGGCAUUAAAGGCAUGUGCCACCAUGUCCAGAUUUUUAAAAAUAUUUUAUUGAUAAUUUUGAAAUUUGGUUUUUGAUUUUUUGUUCUUCUUUAUUGUUGUUUUGAGACAGGGUCUCAUGUGUCUUGUCCUUGAACUUGUUAUGUGGCUGAGGAUGACCUUGAACUUGUGAUCCUGCCGCCUCCACCUUCUAAGUGCUGGGAUUACAGACUUGUACCACAUUGGAUUUUAUGUGGUACAGGGGAUUGAACCCAAGGCUUCAUGCAUGCUAACCAAAUACUCUACCAACUGAACUACAUUCCCAGCCUGGUUAUUAAUUUAUCUUUCCAUAGAUAAUAACACUUGUGGUUUAAAGCCAAAAGUAUAAAGUACUAUAUAAUAAAGUUCUCAUCCAGGUUCUUAAACCACUGUUUCAUCCUUAGAACCAGCCAUGUCUGUGUAGAGGUGGUACAACAUUAUAUAAUCACAUAUGUAUAUGUACACAAGGAGGAUAACAUAAAAGUACAUAGCACGUAUAUAUCCUUCCCUAUAAUAUAGCUUAAUUAAAUAAUUUGUAAGAAUUCAUAGCAGAACGGCUAUGUCCUUUCCUUAGCAGAGAGCAGACAGUGUAUCUGAAAAGUCUCUUCCCAGGAUCCAGAAUGGGAUGAACCUGUCUUGUGCUCCCUCAAACUGGACUCAGCCCAUCUCUGGGCUCUUCCCCCUCUGCCCAGCAGUAUUCCCUGCCUGGUGGUGACCCCUCACCCACAGCAGACAGAUGACUGGAAACAGUUCUACUUGCAUGACAGCGUUACAGACUGGCUCUUUCUUUCCUACAAAGGAUCAAAGAAAUAUGUUCCUAGGAAUGGGUUUAAUAUGGAUGUAACUUAGAUUCUGCUAAGUCUGCUGAAAGCAAGACCACACUUGCUCAGCAUGACAUUCUGUUUCUUAGUGGCGGUUCCUCUUCCCCCAACUUGCUGUAAUGUUCAGGACAUCCAUCAGGAAAGAGAUCCACUGUCUAUAAGAGACCUAGGAGGUCUCUUCCUACAGAUAUGUGGACAUCUGGUUAGUGCUAUUAGAUGCUUCUGUGUCUGGUGUUUUGUUUUCUGCCAUCUAGCAAAAUGUCUAACACUCAGGCCCCUCCUUUGGAGAACAUUCCACAUUGUAUGAGAAACUCUGGGCCUCCAGCAUCUCUCUCUCUUCCUUUUACUUACAGAAUAGUACAUGUGAGUCCACUUGAAGAGAGGGGUAACUGCCACCUUGCCUGCCUCUCUGUGUAAUGGGUGACACAGUUGGUCACAAUCAGUGGCCCAAUAGUAGUUAUGAUCCCACAGUCCUCAGAGCUACUUUUUCCAGAAGUCGCUCUACAAACCCUUGACCAAUGUGAACCCCAAAUACUCUGCCUGGUUAUAUGUUCUGUGUAUUUCCCUUGAAAACCAUGGAACUAUUCCCACACAGAUACACAUACUGGCACACUUAUAGAGUUGGCAUAGAACAAUCUUAGAUACAGCAUUUGGAAGCACAGACAGAAAGUGUCGAGAGAAGACAGAGAAAUCAGACCAGCUAAAGAUAUUGGAAUAUUAUGGUAAUGGCAUCACUAUGGUUCUUAGUACAUACAAAAGAGGGUAUGUAGGCCAAAAAUGUUAAGUGCAGUUGAGUAGAGAGAGGCUCUGUGACCGUGCUGGAGGAAUUGAUGGGAUGGAGUGGUCAUCUGAUGGAUGGACUUGCAUGGCUCAAGGGAGGAGCAGCUGGUUAGCAGAAUACUUCUCCAGACUGUUGUCUGUCUAGGACAUUAGUGGAAUCAGAGGACUAUUGAGUUCUUAACUGAUUGGUGGUGACAGCCCAACUAAAGGGACAUUCUCUAGAGCCUACCUAUGCUCUACCUAUGCUGUUGAUGUUAGGUAAAUUCAUAAUAAAGUCCACUAGCUUAUGCUGAUGACAGUUUGACCUCAUUCCCCUCAUAACAUACCUGAAGGCCUCGGUAAACUUCACAGGCUGAUCCCUUUGUAAUCUCCCAGAGUCCUCCAUCUUUAGCAAAGUUGAAUUUGUAAGGUUGAGACAAAAAUCGUAUUCUCCAGCAGGUACAUUGUCUCCUGUGACUGCUAAAGCAAAGCUCUCCAUUGUUUUUAAUCUGUUACCAUUUUGGCCCGGUCUGGAUCUUUCUAUCUUCAAGUCUCAAUAUCUAUUGUAGGAACCCAGGAGGAGCUGUAGGGUUUUUUUGGUUGGGGUUUUUGGCCAGAUGCAGUCUAUAGGUUUGAAUUAAGUUCAGGUUACCCAAAGUGUUGAGCCAAAAUAUUAUCUACAAAACUGGGCCAUCAAGUCUGAGAGUCUGAAAGCUGCCAAGACAAUUCAGCUUCGAACACAGGCCUUCCACGUAUUCUAGAUUCAUUGAAUGUACAUCUUUUUAAAGUGUAGGCAGCACGUAGGCCAGCUCACGUACCAUGUACCAUUAGGGCCCUGUGAGAAAUGAAGCUGCACCUUCCUGCCUACCAGAGACAUCCACGUGGCAGACAGCAAGGAGCUGGUGACCCCUUACCUAGUCUCAAGGUUAAGAUGUUGAAACGGGAUUUUUGGUUGUGUCUAAUACUGUGAAAUAACAAUGUAAGUGGUCUGUUUCCCUUCGGUAAGCUUCUUCAGUGAUGUGACCAUGUGGGUUGUUUCUGUGUUACGUUCCUGACAGCCAAAGUCCUGAAGGUGCCUUUUCACGUUAAAGUGGUUUGAUCUCUGAGUUGAGUUAUGAGAAAUAGGCGAGAAUAGAGGAGUCCCAAGAGUAAAGCUUUAAGAAAUGUGGGCUGCUGAGAUGUCUUUUAGUGGUUGAAGGUGUGUCUUUGAAGAGGCUUGUGGGAUCUCCUCAUUCUCUUUUGCUUCCUGGUGAUGAAGUGAAUGGUUUUGUUCUGGUAUGAUGUAGUUAGUGCCUUGCCACAGGCUCAAAGGCAUGGAACCAAAUGAUCACGGACUGGAAACUUCUAAGCUGUGAGCCAACACAAACCUUUCUGUUUGUAAGUUGAUUAUGUCCAGUAUUGUGUUAUAGUGAUGAAGCGCUGACUAGUACUGUGUUGUGCCUGCAUGCUUACACAUCCAACCUCCAUGCCUGAGGCUGUAAGUCUUAUGUUUAAGUAUAGCUCUUGGCCCAAAGUGGGCUCUUAGGAAAUACUUGUGAAAAAUUACUUCAUGGCUUUCUGAUUGGUCAAUAUGCCUAAAGGAUAGCUUUGCAAAAUAGAUACCUAAGAUAUUAAGUUUGGAAAACAUUUAUUUUCUGAUAUAAGGCUGUACUCAAAAGGAUCAGGCAUAUGCUAGCAAAUUUCUAAAAUGAAUCAGUAUCUUGGUUGUAUCAGGUUAUGCACUGUGAGGAGAGUAAUGCUGGGGCAGGUUUUGCCUCCUAGACAUGUGUAUAGUUGAGAUGGGCAUUCAGAUCUCAGCAGAGUGCUUAAUCCUGUGUUUAUCCUGUGCAGACAAGUGAUUGUCUCAUAAAACAUUUCAUUCGUAUAGCACUGUAAGAAUCUAAAACAGCAAAAAAAUUUAAAGUAAAAACUGCUGAACUACACAUUCUUAGAGUAUCCGUUCUCUCAAGGUUUCUGUGCAUGUCAGAUCUCAGCAGAGUGAUUAACUGUUUAUCUUGUGCAGACAAGUGAUUGUUUCGUAAAACAUUUCAUGUGUGUUAUAAAGAAUCUAAAACAGCAGAAAAUUUAAAUAAAGUAAAAAAACUACUGAACUAUA